GUUUAUUUAACCCAUUACCUUUAUGGUUAAUGGUUCAGAAGGGAAUGGGCCUGUCAUUAUUUAAUGACCAUGGAACCUGUAAUCCAGGCCACAGAUUCAUUACUGCACUAACUUCUUGUAGUCUAGAAUGCGUAUCUAAUAGCAACCAAUGCCUUUUGCCAUCUUCUCACAUGGAAUCCCUUUGGGGAAUUGAGAAUUUCUAUCCCACAGAACCAGCAACAUUUGUGUGUGGAAAUCCUGGGGAAAGUUACACGCAAAAUACCCUCAUUUUAAACACAUUUUUCUCCUCCCUCCCCCCACCCCCUAUCCCCAAAACUUAGGAGCCGGGAUCUGUAUUGUUCUUCUUUUUAAAAUGGCAUUUCGUUAUGUCAGAAGUAAUAAGAUAAAAGAUGUUCUUAAGAAGGCCUACCAGAACAAUGUUUUCUACUGCAGUUUGGAACAAGAUUGAGAAACCACAAGGAGGUACACCGCAGGUGCAAACUUAAAUGAAAGUUGGGAUGAAAAUCAAUAGAUUCAUGUAUGUGCAGGGUACGGGAGCUCUGGUCUGCUGUCGCUUCUCAGAAGAAAACUAGAAUAUGUCCCUGUCCACAAACCCUGCUGUAGUGGAUUGCAUUCAAGCAGAUGGAUUACUCCUGCUAGUUACCUUAAUCCAACUUGAUCUUCUGCACAAAACAGGAAAACGUAUCAACACUUAGAUUUAAUUAUUUUUACUCCCCCACCCCUUACAAACACCACCCAUUUGAUAUUUAUUACUUUGAAAGAUGAUUUGUUCAAAGAAAACAUAUUUUGGAAUAAAGAGGUGUCUAAGUCUGUUGGCACUGGUGACUUUCUGCACUGAACAAACAAAAGCAGAUGGACUUGUACGGCUGAAUGGAGGGAUUAUAGUCGGCAAGGGACAAUAUUCAUUUGUGACUGAUAAUGAUCUGCAGUUCAACAUACCUAAGGCUAAAGAUUCCUGCAAGGUGGAAGUUGUUUUGAAUGAGCCAGUAACUCAACGUGUUGGCAAGUUAACUCCUCAGGUGUUUGACUGUAAUAUUCUCCCCUACGAAGUGAAGUACACCCAUAAUGGCUGCCCUCUACUCGAAGAAGAUAAUGUGAUGCUAAGAGUUUAUAGAUUCACUGAAUCCCAGACUUUCAUGGAAACAUUUCUCUUGAAUGUGCAAAUUACAGAACCUAAAUCCAGUCUUAUCAGCUUUGGAUUAGUUGGGCUUCAGGUGCAACAAUUUUAUGGGAUAUCAAAUCCCAUUGACAAAAGUGUUGUGUCUUUCAAUUACAAUGUAAGCAGUGUGAAUGCAAUCUGUACAGUAACAAUCUUAUCAACUGAGGCACUCCUUCCAGCCCAAGGACAGUUGGUUGUUGAUAACCCCAGGCCUCCUGGAUCUACACAUCAACAUAAUUCAACAAAAGCAAGUCAAUCUGAAGCUUCAUGCCCUAACAACAAGGUGUGUCCCACUGGGUUUAAGCAAGUGCGAUUCUUAAAGACUAACUGUGAAGAUUUCUUAGCAAUGGGACUGAAGUAUCAACAUCUCAGCCCACCUUCUCCUGAGGUUGACUAUGUUCCAAUCAGAGUCGAGAUCAGGGAUGAAUGGAGCAGAUUCCCACUUAAGGUAGAACAUGCUUGGCUUCAAGUUACCUUAGAAGGUGCAAUACAAAAUCAGCAACCAAAAGCAGCCUUCAUGCCAAUGUACAUCCUGGAGGUUGAUCAAUUCAUCUUGACGCCAAUGAGCAUUGCCACAAUCGAUGCAGAGGAUGACGAGACCCCAAAGGACAGGCUGAUUUUCAACAUCACUGAGCCUCCUGAUGAAGGCUACUUAACUCAUUUGGAUGACCAUACCAAACCCAUCAAUUCAUUCAGCUGGCAGGAUCUAUAUGAAAUGAAGAUUGCGUACCAACCACCAAAUGUCAGCCACCCUGAAAGAAGGAAUUAUGAGGUUGAGUUUAAGGCAAUCGACACAUUUUUCAUGGCCAGUGCUUCCAUCAUUGUUCACUUUUCGAUCAGAUCAGCACAUACUAAUGCACCAAGAGUUUCUUGGAAUAUGGGUCUGAAUUUGUUGGAAGGCCAAUCUCGACCAAUUACUUGGGAUAAUUUCCAGAUAGUUCACAAUGACAAUAUGAAGGCAGUACGUUUAAUAGUAGUGGAAGGUUUGCAGCAUGGAUGGCUCACUGUUAGAGGUGCCAAGGGAUUCAUGUGUAGCAUAAAAGACAUUAUGGAUGGAGUUGUGCACUAUCACCAUGACGACAGUGAUACAACCAAAGAUUAUAUUGUAUUUCGAAUCUUUGACGGUAAACAUGCAACAAGACACAAAUUUCCCGUUAAUAUUUUGCCCAAAGAUGACAGUCCUCCCUUCUUAAUUAACAACCUUGCUAUUGAACUAGCAGAAGGAGAAUCAAAAUUAAUAGAGGACCAUAUGUUACUGUCUUCUGAUUUGGAUUCUAGUGAUGACUACAUUUUGUACAAGAUUAUAAUUCUACCACGUGCUGGAGAGAUUGUGAAAAAAAUGGCACCAGAUCUACCAGGUUAUCCUGUAAAUAGCUUUCUGCAGCGAGAUCUCUUCCGUGGUCUGAUUUACUAUCAUCAUUUUGGAAGUGAGAUCUUUGAAGAUUCAUUUGAGUUUAUUCUGUCUGAUAGUCAUGAUCCACCCAAUCUUUCUGACCCCCAGAUGGCAGUGAUUCAUGUAACUGCAGUGAAGGACCAGUUACCAAAAGAGGUUGAUGGUGCAACCCGGCAAUUAGUAGUGAAAGAAACCGAAAUCAGACACAUCACCAAGAAUCACCUUCACUUCAAAGACACUGAGUACCCUGAGAAUGAAUUGAUGUUUACAAUAACUAAACCCUGUUUCUCUUCAACUAAUCAGAGAAUACCUGAUGCUGGCAAAAUUGUUUUCACGGACAGUACAAACAAUAUGAAGAAGGAUCCUUCUGUCCCCAUGCUGAAAUCCUUUACACAGCAUGCUGUGAACCACAUGAAAGUAGCCUACAUGCCUCCUCAUGGGGAUAUUGGGCCCCAUCCUCUGUUGGUGCAGUUUGUGUUUUCAGUUAACGAUCAGCAUGGAGGUUCCUUGACUGGACUUGUCUUCAACAUAACUAUAAUGCCUGUGGACAACCUACCACCUGAGAUUUUCACCAAUGAAAUAAAAUCAGAAGAAGGUUCAGGCUGCCUGAUCACUGGAGACAAUUUGAUGGUGACAGACAAGGAUACGAUUGAUGAGGAUCUCCGAAUCCAACUACAACAAAAACCACAACACGGACAGAUUGAGUUGCAGGGAACUUUCAUGCUGGAGAGUGACAUGUUUUCACUGGAUGACCUUAAAUCAUUUCAAGUCAGGUACAAACACGAUGAUUCAGAGACACUGAAUGAUUUAGUCAUAUUUACAGCCACAGAUGGAUUUAACACUGCAGAUGGGGUGCUGAGAGUGAAGAUCAUACCAAUCAAUGAUGAACCUCCAGAGCUUCAGCCACAGUUAAAAUCUGGACUGGAAUGUCUCGAGGGAGAAAGGGUCCUGAUUACCUUGGAGUACCUCUAUGCUUCCGAUGCUGACAGUGAUGAUAUGAAGCUGAUGUACAUGAUUGCUCGUUCACCAUCAUAUGGCGUGGUACAAAGGAACAACGUCAAUGUUGACAAAUUCUCACAACUGGAUAUCAUCGAAGGAUCAAUUUUCUAUAUGCAUACUAGUGGUGAAAUAGGAUACAGACCUUGCAUGGACAUUGUAACAAUAAUUGUAUCUGAUGCAGAAGGUGGCAGAGUGGAUGGUUGCUGUUAUGAUGGACCUCUCCCACCACCAGUGCCACUUCAUGGCUCUCUUCCUAUCUAUGAUCUUAACAUCACUGUAAUGCCAGUCAACAAUCAACCUCCUACAAUUAAAGUUGGAGACAUUUUUACAGUGGAUGAAGCAUCACAAACCAGUUUGCUGUUGGAUUUCCUUUCUGCCGCAGAUGAGGACACCAUCUCAGAGGAACUAAUCUUUGAACUGGAAAGCUUGCCCCAGUAUGGAUAUCUGGAGAACAUACUGCCAUCACCAGGAUAUGAGAAGAGUAAUGCUGGAAUAAACAUAGCUUCCUUCAGUCUGCAGCACCUCAGGGCAGGUUACAUCAACUACGUCCAGUGCAGACAUAACCAGAUGGAGCCCACAGCUGACCACUUUAUGGUAUCUGUUAGUGACGCUGUACAUAAAUCCAUGGCUGUGCCAUUUUAUGUCAUCAUCAACCCUAUCAACGAUGAAACUCCAGAUUUGCAUCUGGGAAACAUCACAAUAUUAGAGGGCGAUUUAUGUGAGAUUGGCCCUGGAGUGCUGAAUGCUGCAGAUAUGGAUGUUCCUCGUGAUACACUGAUCUUCUCUGUGGUUAGCCCCCCAGCCCAUGGAGUGCUUUUGAAUGGCAUCUAUGGCACUGAUAUUGUUGCGUACAGACAGAUGAAUGCUGAAGUACUACAUCACAGUUUAUCAGUACACAACUUUAGCAUGGAUGAACUCAAACAAGGGAUGAAGCUCGUGUACAUGCAUGACGACACUGAAACCCUGACGGAUUGUUUUACCAUACAAUUGUCAGAUGGCAAGCACAUGGUCCAUGGGAUAGUAUAUAUCCAUGUUAUAGCAAUCAAUGAUGAGAGGCCAGUUAUUAUAAAGAACACUGGAUUGGAAGUCGAAAUGGGAGAAAACAAGGUGAUAUCCAGUGUGGUUUUAGAAGCUGAGGACAAAGACACACCACGAUUCGAGCUUAACUAUAUUAUUAACAGUGUGCCUACAUUUGGACAGCUGCAGUUAAAGACAAUGAUUGAAUGGAUUAGACUAUACCCAGGCAUGAAUUUUAGUCAAGAAGAUAUUGAUAUGAAUCGACUGUGGUAUCUCCACACCACCGUUGUGGGGUCGACGGGUCGUGACAGUUUUCGUUUCCACGUUACAGAUGGGGACAAUGCCUUACCUUCACAGAAUUUUGAAAUAUCGCUCAAAAACAUGAAGAAAGGUGAUAUUGUCGUGCUCACCAAACCUGUAACUUUAACAGAGGGUGACAGGGUCACCUUGACGACAGAUGUUCUCAUGGCAACAGAUGGCACUGGCAAACCCAAAGAGCUGUUGUACGCCAUCUCUCUGCCACCUGCACAUGGUCAGAUCGAGUACAUCAAUUAUCCUGGAUUGGCCAUUUCCAGUUUCAGCCAGUUGGAGGUUGCAGCCCAGAAGGUCUGCUACAACCAUGACAACAGUCGUGAUGCCAGCACGGAUGGAUUCCGAUUUUUUGUCAGCAACGGAAUGGCUGUUAAAAACAGCUCCAUGAAGUUUAACAUUGAGCGCACUGACCGUAUGCUGCCCACUCUAGUUAAUAAUAAAGGACUGCAGUUGCCAGAUGGAGCCAUGAUGGUCAUCCCUCCUGAUAACCUUCAACUUACAGAUCCAGACACACUCCUGAUAAAUUUAACUUACAUUAUUAUACAGCCUCCUCAGUAUGGCAAUCUAUAUUUAAGGGGUAAUAUUCUUUCCAUGGACCGCUUCACUCAGCUGAACGUGAACAAUUUGGACAUUUCCUACAAGCACAAUGUUGGGCCCUAUGAGUUUGACAAUUUUACAUUCAUAGCUUCUGAUGGAACCAAUCAUGGGUUUUUAGUCAAUGGCCAGAUGAGAGAGAAGUCAGUUAUAUUCAGCAUACAGGUGGAAUAUGUUGACGAGACUCCUCCCUUCAUCUUGAUUAAGCAAAGCCCAACUACAGUCGAUAAGCUAAGAGAUGGACGAUUUGGUAUCUAUAUCACUGCACGCCACUUAAAAGUUUCAGACACGGGCAGCAAAGAUGAAGACUUGAUCUACACAGUUCUCCGCCCACCUUAUUAUGGAUAUCUGGAAAACAUAAAUACAGGAGAAUACAUUCGAGGCACAUUCACCCAGAGAGAUGUGGACAAGCGUGCAGUUCGCUAUAUAAUCAAUCCCUCAAUAGAUCUGACAUCUGACAGCUUUGAGUUCAAAAUAUCUGAUGCCGCCCGAAAUUCUAAUGUCCCAGAAAUAUUGGAGCUGCAAUGGUCUCAGAUUACGAUGGCCUCUUGCUGCUAUAGAGUUUGUGAAGACAUAGGAACUCUCUCCAUUAAGGUGACCAGGAAAGGAUACAGUGCUGAUCCCUCUUAUGUCAGUAUAAAGGUUCAGGAGUUAACAGCAACAAUGGGCAGAGACUUCACUCAUAGCUCAGCCAGCUUAAUUCAGUUUGAUCCUGGUAAUGCUCUGAAUAAAUUUUAUUCCAUAAAGAGCUGCAACAUGUUCUGCCAUGAAGGCAUGCAUUAUUUUUUAACUCAGGAUGAUGGACUUGAGGAGAAUCAGGACAACCUUUUUGUGACGCUAAUUAGACCCAACAAGCUGGCCAUCAUUGGACAGAAAGAUACCCUGACAAACUUCAUCUCGGAAAUUUGUGACAGAAACUGUAAUGCAAAUGAUUUCAGAGGUGGCAAAAAUACUUUUGACAGUGAAGUGGAUGGUAUUGUUGGCAAAGUGCCAAAGGCAUCUCCCGAGCCACAUACCAAUGAAAAAAUCAUAUUCAAUCUGGAAGAAAGGUCAUUUACCCAGCUUGAACCACACUUGGAGCACAAUAAUUCCCCUCCUAGAGGUGAUGUCCCUCAGACCAACCAUUUCUUGGACCAUCGUGAAACGAUCCCAGAUGAUAUUUAUCCAGCGGUUCCUCGGACACAAAUUCAGGCUAUUGGAGGCAGCAGAAUGUACCAUGGGAUGGUACCAAAAAACAUUGACGAAGAUUUUACUACCUCCUCACGACUCAGUGGAUGGCAGUGGCCUUUGCUUCCCGUUCAGAGACAUGACCUGCUCCAAAAAGACGUCCCGUUUGUAGCCGAAAAUACACAUUCAUUCAGCAACAUUAAUCAGGACAAUCAACAAAUGGAAUGUCCUACAGGCUGGACCCUUCACAAGAAACACUGUUAUCUUCUGAAUCCUGGGAGAAAUGAAACCUGGGAAGGAGCUGAAAUGGCCUGUCGGCAAAAGUUUCAUGCUAACUUGGUCAGUGUUCACUCCAGGAGAGAACAAAAAUGGCUUUGGAACUUUGCGAGGAAGCAGCCAUUCUGGAUUGGUUUAACAGAUGAGACUGGUUCUGGAAAAUGGACAUGGACAAAUGGAAGGCCAGUAUCUUUUACAAACUGGAUGAAAAGAAAUGUUUCGCCAGAUAAAAAUUUGCAAACAAACUGUGCUCUUGUCCAGGGCAAAGGUAAAUGGGUGAGCAGGAAGUGCAAUGAGGAACACGAGAGUUAUAUAUGCUGCAUUUCUCUGUCCAAAGUUUAAAUUACGAAUCUCAAAACAGGUCAUGUUUUUGUGAAUAUCUCACCAAAACCCUGUAAAAAAAACAAUAUUCGGUGUCAGUAUUUUCAUAUACAAUUGGAAGUUGAUAUGUUUGUUCCCAUUUAAAAAAUAAUAAUUUUAAGACAAACAUGGCAGAAACAAAAGACUAUAUUAUUUCUGUUCACGCCACUGAUGAUUAAAAGUUGCAUUUUGAAUGUAUUUCUUUUCCUUCUAUUAUUAAUUGUAAAACCAGGUACGAGCCACAGAACAGGAUGUGCUAUGGAGGAAUAAUCCUAAAAUAUUUAAAGAAUAAACCUAAAAUGUAACUUUCAAGAGCAGGUAGAAUAUUAAAUGGCAAACAAUGGUAAAAC